AUGUCCCCCUCCCCCGACCCCAAAUCAGGCUCCAUUCCCUCCAUGGAGGCUUCCGGUGAAGCCCUCAACGACGAAACCGUCAUCAUCGUUCUCGGUGCCAGUGGUGACCUCGCCAAGAAGAAGACCUUCCCCGCCCUCUUUGCCCUCUUCGCCCAGGGCCUCCUCCCCGCCAACACCCACAUCGUUGGUUAUGCCCGUACCAAGAUGGACGGGCCAGAGUUCCACAAGCGUGAGGUCCAGUACAUCAAGGGCGACGAAAAGAAGAUCAAGGAGUUCCAGGAGCUGUCGUCCUACGUCGCCGGCCCCUACGACGAGGACAGUGGAUACCAAAACUUGCUCAAGCACGUUGAGGAGCUUGAAAACGGCCGCGACACCCGUAACCGCGUGUUCUACAUGGCCCUCCCCCCCUCCGUCUUCACCACUGUCGCCCGUGGCCUCAAGAAGAACGUCUACUCUGAAAAGGGUACCAACCGAAUAAUCAUCGAGAAGCCGUUCGGCAAGGACCUCGACUCCUGCCGGGAAAUGAUGAGCGAGCUCAAGAGCGAGUGGGCCGAGAACGAGACCUACCGUAUCGACCACUACCUCGGAAAGGAGAUGGUCAAGAACUUGCUCGUCCUCCGUUUCGGAAACGUCUUCUUUGACGCUUCUUUCAACAAAAAUUACAUUAGCAACGUUCAGAUCACCUUCAAGGAGCCCUUCGGAACAGAGGGACGAGGUGGAUACUUUGACGAGUUUGGAAUCAUCCGUGAUGUCUGCCAGAACCACCUCAUGCAGGCCAUGUCUGUGCUCACUAUGGAAAGACCCGUUUCAUUCUCUGCCGAGGACAUCCGUGACGAAAAGGUCAAGGCUCUCCGAUGCAUCCCCCCUAUCGAGAAGAAGGAUGUCCUCCUUGGUCAAUACGUUGCUACCGGCGACAAGCCCGGCUACCUUGACGACGACACCGUGCCCAAGGGCUCCGUUUGCCCCACUUUCGCUGCCAUGACACUGUUUGUCAACAACCCCCGAUGGGAGGGUGUUCCCUUCAUCAUGAAGGCCGGUAAGGCUUUGAACGAGGCCAAGGUCGAGAUCCGAAUCCAAUACAAGGAUGCUACCCAAGGCAUCUUCACCGACAUCCCCCGAGACGAGCUCGUCCUCCGAAUCCAGCCCGACGAGGCCGUUUACCUCAAAGUCAACAACAAGCUCCCCGGCUUUGAGACCCGAUCCGUCCCCGUUGAGCUCGACCUCACCUACAAGAAGCGAUUCACCGAUGCCCCCAUUCCUCAGGCAUACGAGGCCCUUAUCUUGGAUUCUUUGAAGGGUGACCACUCAAACUUUGUUAGGGACGAUGAGUUGGAUGUUGCCUGGAAGAUCUUUACCCCCAUUCUCCACUGGAUCGACGGCAAGAACGGUGACGCCCCCAAGCCCGAGCCUUAUGACUACGGAUCCCGAGGCCCCAAGCAGAUCGACGCCUUCACUGCUAAAUACGGUUUCAAGCGAGCUUCUCAGAACUACCAAUGGCCGCAGACUUCUGCCAACCUUUAA